AUGUAUAAAUCUGAUCAAUACAGGGAUAGCGUAUCCUGGCAGUCAUAUCGAGCCAUUCCUUCAAUAAGCUCAGUGGAGCAGAGGAAUUCGGAAAAGACAGGGCCAGUUGCAUGGUUGCGCUAUGUUAUAUAUACUUGUAAUAUUAUAAUGGUGGUUGCGGGCACAGCAUCGUUAGCUAUGGGAGCAUGGCUUCGUACAGAUUCACAAUUUCGGGAUUUCCUAUCGCAAAGAUACAGGAAUGUUGUAGAGGAAGCAUUUUGGCAGGCUUCAACUCUAUACGUUUUCUCCUACAUUUUGAUUGUCAUUGGAAUGUGCAUGGUACUUGUUGGUGUGGUUGGUUGCUGCGGUGCAUCUACCGAUUCUCGAGUACUUCUCUUAAUAUAUGUCAUAGCUGUAUGUAUCCUUAUGAUGUGCACUAUUUCCUCAAUAACUUAUCUUAUCUUCAAAAAGUAUGGUAUUGAUGUUGAAAUAUCGGAUGCGUUAACAUAUAUGGUACAAAGCUAUUAUCAAGGGGCAGGAAUUGUUCAGGAAAGCCUAGAUCGAUUACAACAAGCCUUCCGAUGCUGCGGUAGCGGAGGUUGCAGUGACUUUCGAUUUCUGCAUCAAGAUAUUCCGCGUUCGUGUGAUAUCAGGUGUGAUGGUUGUCACUAUCGUAUAAUGGUUGCAUUGCGCACGGGUUUUUCUACUGCAUUCGUUAUUUUUGCCAUCGUUGUUAUUGCCGAGCUUAUCGCAGUCGUAUCUGCACUGGUCCUCAUAAUGAGAUCAAGAAGUUCAACGGAAGUUUGGUUGGAUAAAAAAGAGAGUCGUCGAAGUCAUUAUGAGAACAAAUAUUACUGGCAUAGACCUGGUCAGUAUGUGGAUUUGGAUUCGCUGCGAAGUGACGAUUGUCCCGUACCUGAUCAUCAUCAUUCUGAACAGUUCACUUCACACUAA